CCAGCUUUUGUUUUAAUUCCAAAUUCGUUGGUUUCUUCUCCUCCUUCAACGAUACCAAACCAUUACCUUCCCCCUAAAAAGCUAUUUUUAAAAAAAAAACCUCUUUUUUACUCUACGGUUUUUUAAUGUCUCUACUUCUCAAAUUUUCCCAAAACCCUAACUCGUGAUGCUGUUCCCUCGAAAACCAAGAAAGAUGAGAGAGCUCCUUCAAAAUUUGUCCGGCGUCCCCCUCUCGGUCUCGCCGGAGCCAAAUAUUCCGGUGGUCUCCGGCGGUGGAGGAUCGGGGUUCUUGUGGUGGCUGUUGGAUUGCCACGGACUCCUCUUCAAUCUCGCCCUGAUCGUCCCCUCGACGAUCUUCGUCGCGUUUUUAGCUUCUCAAGCGAGGAACAGCUUUGCAAGGCUCAGUUAUGGGAGAUCGUAUGUUAUGAUUUCGUAUUAUGCGCUUCUGUGGGUUGGUAGCGUCCUCAACCUCUUAUGGUGCUUUCUUCAGGCAAUGCAAUGCAACCCUGCUAAGCAGUCAUCUUGGAACAUGUUGUCAUUGUUCACGAAUUCCGGAAUGUUAUUUUUGGAAAUUAGUCUGGUAGCCCUUAUACUUCAAGGUAAUAAUGCUACUGGAUCAGGUGCUUUAACACGGACAUUUGUUAUCUCAGGAAUCAUAGUUGCUGGGGACAUGCUACUUAAGGCUAUCUAUGUAUUUGGAUUUGGGGUUCCCCUGUUUAUCAAUGAUCAUGGGAAAGGGAACCGGGUGAAAUGGGGCUUAUGGCUUGUACACAAGCUGUUACUUAGUGCUGUCUAUGGUUUCAUUUUGUUCAUGCAUCACUCAAAAUGGAGAGAGAGGUUACCAGCAAGGCCUGCCUUCUACAAGUAUAUAUGUGCAAUGUUCUUACUGAGUGUGGUAUCAUCUUUUGCCUGCGUGCUUGUUGAAAAUGGAGCUGGGCUUAGUUUCUGGCUAUUUGAUUUUGUAGCUGUAUGCUAUCACUCCCUUUAUCUUCCUCUCUUAUAUGUAACAUUUUUAGCAGAUUUUUUCCAGGAGGAAGACAUGCGUCCGGAGAAUGUAUAUUACGCGGAGAUGAAGGAUGCUGGUUUCUUUGAUGCAGAUUGGGAUUGACGCUGCUCUGCUUCAUGCAUAGUUUAACAUAAUAGUACUGUAAAUUGUACCGUCUUCUUUAGUGAAUUAAAGAAUUGACAAGUCUGUGGCCUUUGCAAGUAAAAACUUUCAUACUAGGUAAGUUUUCUGGGUGCUAUCUAUAUCUUGAUAGUAAUCUUAAUUGAUGACUACAAUGUUCUUAUGCAGGGUUUUCCUUUUUCUGAUACUGGAACACAUUCUGCUUGGAUCAGUGUUCUCAUUUUCAUGUACAUGGUAACAUUAUGGCAGUAUGCUUACUUUUUGAAGUUGUCUUUCCUUUUGAUGCGUGCUUUUUUUUUUUCCCUCCUUCAGUACCGAUUAACCUUUUCUUUUUUUAGUCACUAGUUGUAAAGGAUGUAUAUAGAAAGCAUCACAUUCAAUGUAUCAUAGCGCUUCAAGCGGAUUGCAUUCAAUUCACAAAUAAAGUUUCGCUGUA